AUGGAUAGCCCUCAUUUAAAUCAGAAGCGUCUCAACUUACCCGAACACAAGUUGAUCCAGCAGGUAGACACAAGGUGGAAUUCCACCUAUUAUAUGCUAGAACGAUAUCUUGAGCAAUAUGAAGCAAUCAAGACCACCUUGUGUUUGCUAGACCGCAAUGAUCUAAUGAUUCCUAGAGAAAGGAAUACUGCACUCCAGGAGGUAGUAAAAAUUCUCACCCCAUUCGAAUCUGUGACGAGAGAAAUAUCAAGUGAAAACUACAUAUCUGGGUCAAAGAUUAUACUGAUCUCAAGGUGUCUUCAACGUUUAGAAUCCACUUCAGUGACAUCACAUUCCCUGGCAGAGAGCCUAGUUACAGAAAUGAGGGCACUGUUUUUAGGGAUGGAAGAAAGUAACCUCCUUUCUGUGUCGACUCUGCUGGACGCUAGAUUUAAGAAGCUCGCUUUUUCUGAUAAAGAUGCAGCAGAGAGAGGUGUCAGGAUUCAUAUAUCUGAGGCUUCUGUUGAUGUUCCGGCAGGUAACAGUAGGGUCAAUGAGCCAUCAGUCUCAAUCCAGUCUGCAGAGCCACAAUCUAAUGACCUCUGGAAGGUAUUUGAUAAACAGGUUGCUCAGGUAGCUACUCAGAGAACUAGCAGUACAUCAGCCUACACUGAAGUUCAACAGUUCAUGAGAUCCCCUGUCAUUUCUAGAUCCGAGUGUCCUCUCAAGUGGUGA